AUGCACCAGGCGCCGAUGGCACAUGCUCCAUCGGCGCAGGGCAUGUAUGCCGGUUGGCACGCGCCACCGGCUUACCCCUACGCCCCCCAACCCGUCUGGGGCGCCCCUCCUUCGUGGGGCGCUCACGACGCACACGCCGCGUACGCUGCACAUGCGUACGCGGCCAAUGUGCACGCCCAAAUGCACCAAGGCCACUAUGGCGCUGCCGCGCCGUCGUACGGUCCGAGUGCGCCGGUGGAUGCUUUUUCUCACGAGGCACUCCCGGAGGAGGCCGCGGAGCGCACCCCCGAGGUGCUCGAGCGGCCUCCGACGCCUCCGCCGGAGGCGACCGCCGUGCCGCUCGCGGCAUUUGGCGCAGAGGCCAUCUGGCGCGCCAGCACGGCCUUGGUCAGUCUCGGCCAGCAGACCACGCGGGGCGACGACGAGGGACGCAGCAUGUCGAUGCAGCGCACCACCUCCUCGCCCGAGUCGCGGGUCUCGACGCCGUUGCGCUCGCCGGACGACUCGCCGAGCAGCUCGGUGUGCUCGUCGGAGCCUUUUUCGCCGUCGCGGGCUCAUGUCUCGUCGCUGUCGAGUCUGCCGUCCACGCCGUCGCUCUCGUGCCCUACGCCCGAGCGCGACGGUGAGCUGAAUGCAUCGCUCGAUGCACUCCGGCUAGACGAGGCGCAGCAGGGCAAGCAGUCCACCGCGCUGCACCGCUUGGUUCGGGCGAUGGGACAAAACUCCCAGACCUUCCCUUCGCUCAGCAGUGCGCCAGAGACGAGCGACAAGCAAAAGAGUGUGCAGCGCAGGCCACGCACGCCCAACAAACACGCUGCGUUGGGCAACGAAGUGAGCCCCGCGUUCCGCCACUUUACCCACCAGGUCCUUGCCCAGACGCUUUUGACGCCGACGGCGCUCAUCUUGGCUCUGUACUAUGUGCAGCUGCUUCCUGCAGCGAUCGGAAGCGACGCCGAGACGGCGCUGGGGCUGCUCGCACAGCCCGCGUCGACCACCCCCUUCAAGCUUCUUACAUUGGGCCUCAUGCUCGCAAACAAGUUCCUGGAUGACAAUACGUUUUUGAACAAGACAUGGCAUGAAGUGACUGGCAUUCCUUUGGCUGAGCUGAACAAGAUGGAAUCGUAUUUUCUGUGCCGCACCCAAUUCCACCUCUCGCUGAGCGACGCCGCUUGGCACCAGCACCUUACACGGCUCAACGAGGCGGAGCUAGCUUCGGAGGAAGAGCGGAGCGACCGCGCCCUGCUCCUCGAGACCCUCGAAAAGCUCCUUGCGGAAGCGCGUGUGGCUUGA